AUGCUUUAAACAUAGCUGAUUAAAAAAUUCUUCAGUACUAAUCAGUAACCUUUAUUAAAGGGGAUUAGGGUAAUUGAUUUAUCUAGAAUAUUGGCAGGCCCUUUUGGUACAAUGUAUCUGAGUGAUUUAGGAGCUGAGGUAAUUAAAAUUGAAUCUUUUGAAGGAGAUGAAACAAGAAAAUGGGGUCCUCCCUUUGCAAAUAAAGAGGACUCUUCAUAUUUUUUAUGCGUCAAUCGUAAUAAAAAGAGUAUAUGUCUAAACCUAAAGUCACAAGAAGGAUAAAAAAUAGUCCAUGAAUUAGUUUAAAAAAGCGAUAUUGUAGCAGAAAACUAUUCAUAAGGAGUCACUCAAAAGUUAAAUUUAGAUUAUGAAACUCUAAACAAAAUAAACCAAAGGAUUAUAUAUGCCUCAAUUUCAGGAUAUGGUGACACAGGUCCUAUGUCUUAAUCACCAGCAUUUGAUUUAGUUAUGCAAGCCAGAUCUGGGUUUAUGCAUAUCUCUGGACAGCCAGAUGGACCACCAACUAAAAUGGGAUUUGCAGUUAGUGAUGUAUUAACAGGAUUAAACUUAGCAAAUGGCAUUUUAGCUGCUCUUUAUUAUAGACAGGUCACAGGUAGAGGAAUGCAUGUAAAAACGAGUUUAUAAGAAAGCUCAAUAGGCUCUUUAGUGAAUAUAUCUUCCUAGUAUUUAAAUGGUGGAUAAGCUGGAAGAAGAAUGGGUAAUAAUCAUCCAUCAAUUGUGCCAUAUGGAGUCUAUAAAGUAAAAAACGAUGAAUACAUAGUUUUGGGUUCAGCAACAAAUGACUAAUUCAAAAGAUUUUGUAAAGUCAUAGGAAUAGAAGAAAUUCUAUCAGAUGAAAAAUUUAAAAAUAACUCAGAUAGAGUUAAAAAUAGAGUAGAACUUGAUGAAAUUAUAAAUAAGGCGUUACAAAAUUUUGAAGCAAAAUAACUUACUCAAUUAUUAGAAGAAAAUAAAAUACCUGGAGGGAAUAUAUAUAACAUUUAAUAAAUGUUUGAAGAUGAAUAAGUCAAGCACCUAUAAAUGGCAGAAGAAGUUGAAUCAACAAAAUAUCCAAAUCUUAAAUUGGUAAGAAAUCCUAUCAACUAUAGUGAAGGUAUCAAAGCUAAAAUGGUUGAACCACCCUCAUUAAAUGAGCAUUGUGAUUAUGUACUCUCAGACAUAUUAUAAUAUUCUUAAAAUAAAAUUAACUAACUAAGAGAUUAAAAGGUUAUAUUGUGA